UUGUUGGUGUGGUCCUGUUCGAGUCGUACGAAGAAGCGUUUGUUGUUAUUGUUUAUUGAUAAUGUCGUGGAAUCGGGAAGAAGUUACACUGUUGUUGGAGGAGUACCAAAAAUGGCCAAACCUGUACAAGGUGAAGUCACCAAAAAUUUGCGGCGUCAGGCGCUGGAUGCGAUAGUCCAAGCAUUGAGAAGUUUGAAACCUAACGUGACAGCACAGGAUAUACAAGCAAAGUUUCAAACUUUGAAACAAAAUGCCAGCAAGGAGAGGUGAAAAUGUUUGGAAUCGCAAAGAAGUGGCGCCGGUUCAGAUGAUGUAAGUUUUUUCUAUGUGUUUGCAUAUUUCAUUACUUCAGUAUCUGAUUGAGUGUUAGAAAUAAUAUUUUUCACAGAUCACGGAGCCAUCACUGUGGUAUCAUAAUUUGAUUGGGUAUGUGUUUGACAAUAGCGAACAAAGAGGAGCAUUCGAUUCUAUGGAGAGCGAAGAUGUUCAAGAACAAGAUAUAACAUUGAUUGAACAAGCAGAUGAUGCGGAUGUCUUCGCAGAGGAGGUGCUCUCGGCGGCAGUAUCACCGUCAGGGGUUUUGGAGGAUAUCAGCACGACAAGCCACUCUAGAAGCUCUUCAAGGGUGAGCAUGAGAAGUACUCCCCAAAAAAGAAAAAGGAAAUAAUAUGAUACGGAUCUUAUGGGGGAGGUCAAAAGUACCUUGCAACAUAUUUCCCAAAAACUGGGACAAACCAGGGAGAAAUCCUCUAACCAGAUCUUCGGGGAAUAUGUCGCCUCAAAGCUUGACCGAAUAACGGACAGUGAGAUACGAGAUAAGGUUGAAGCUCAAAUUAUAGAAGUAUCAAAUACUGCCCUGUGAAGGUGCAGGAAAUGAUGUUUUUUAAAUAAAGAGCAUUAAAUGGAU